AUGUGUUCUUCCAGAGAAACAACGAGAAGUUCAAGGCUGAGCUGGAGGGCGCUGAAGUUUCUUAGUCGCAUAACUUUAGCUUAUUUUUCUGUUGGGGCUUCGGGUUUCGUAAAGAGCUUGCCUAUUCGAAAGCAAUGUUAUGCCCCCCAAUCCAAGGUUCCAUUGUCGCAGCUGCAUUACCGAGGGGCAGGGAGUGAAGAUCCGCACAAAGCUGGGCACACAGUGGAGACAAGAGCUCUGCUGGUGCUGUUUGGGCUGUUGCCAGGACGCCGGAAGCUGCAACCCGAGACUAAAACUAAAUCGCUGGUGCUGGUAGAGGAGAUGCUGAGGCAAGCCUGUGCAAAAAUAGCCCUGUCUGGCAUUCAGAGAGGCAGGGUUUCGUGCAACUUUGUCUCCGAUGUUGACAGCUCCCCGAUUGCCCUCAGUCUGGAUUUUUUUGAAGAUGGCAGCACACGAAGUUUGGCCGACCUGGAGAACUUGCAUAAGGGUGCAAGCAAGGGCUGGGACAAGCUUUCGCAGCACGCUUGGUGUGGUCGCAAACUUUCAACCACUCUUCAGCAAACGAACCUUUGGGAUAUCUACCUCUUCCUAAUAUGGAGCAAGCACAACCCGAGUUCGAAGAUCUGGGAGCAGUUCUCUGUACACCUUUAUCCCAAGGUUGUUUUCUUGGCUGGUUACUUGCUGGAGGCCUAUGUCGAUGAACUUGCCAACUUGCCACUGGCACCGCUUCCCCUUUUGAAAACCAAGCAUGGAAACAGUCGACGAGUUCCGAAAGUGAACAAAAUCAUACUUUUACAACGCGUGAAGGCGCAAAAGCGCCACAGAGGAGAAGUCAUGCAGACGCACACUGACUUGACGCCACCUCAGAUCGCACUGGUGCGAGCUGAGGCUAAUUUGGAAGUGGCUGAGUAUGUCAAGCUCUUGACGACCGCCUUUGCCGACACGCAGCAUGUCCAGGUGUCCUGGGAUGCGUCAACCUAUGAUGUGGAAACUUUAGUGGCGAUCGCAUACGAUUACAAGAAGAACGUGUCGGGCUACUUACCCAUACAAAACAUCAGCCCCGUCCAGACAGCAGAGUUGCACGAAACUGUGAGGACAUUGGCUGUGCAAGGCCGGAUCACACGUGUCGAGAGUUACAAUACAAUGCGAUCUUUCAGCCAUGCCCUGAACUCAAUUGGGCUUCCGCUUGCCGCCUUCGCAAAGCCUCCAGACCUACUUCUGGGGCCACUCCGGGCUGAGGAGGAACGGGUGCUGAUGAACGGGACCUACUUCAUCUAUAAUACCACGACACAGUCGAUUCAAAGACAGGUACCGACUGCAUGGAGUCUGGCGAAGCAGCCACUGUUGAUCUCGGUGAGCGAUCAGGGACCGCUGAACUGUCCUGGUCUCGAUCACUUGCAGUUCAAGCUUCGUGGGUUCGUGCUUCCCUUGUAUGAUCAGAGUCAUCGUACAUGGAACGACUUGAAGUCGGCCAUGAGGAGUGUGAAGCUCUUUCGCAUCCUCCUGCAGUUCUCCAUUCUCUACAACAUGAAUUAUGGACCUGGAGGCACCAAGGCUUGGAUGGCCAAGAAGCAACAGUAUGCAGAGGAAUUUAGAGCCAAACAGACAGCUGAUGGCAAAAUCUUCCUCAGCUACAUGCCGUACAUCUGCCAUGAGAUGGGCCUUUCGGAGCCAACGACUGCUGAGGAGAGGGAGGCACUCUUCGGGACGAUCACUUCGCUGCAGACGCUGCAGCAGCAUGGACCACUCGUCAAACUCAUGAGAUGGUUUUCUUACUUCCAAUCGCACCAAUUUUAUGCUGGCGAACACUUCUGGACAAAGAUGCUGAUUGGGGAAGGUGGGCCGCCACAGCAAGGCAUCCAGCCUGAGGCAGUGCUGACACCGGAUAUCUUGGCCGGCAAUCUGGACGAUCGAGAGGAGCUACGACAACUCAAGCUCAAGAUGGGCUCAUGGCGACUUGCACCGUUGCUCGUAACACCAUGGACCUGGUGGAAAAACGAGCUUUUGGUUUCCAUGGCGACGCCAGUCUGGAGCUGCUUCACACAGAAAGCACCUUGGGUUAUUGCUAGUCGAUGA